AUGAAUUAUUAUAAUACAUUAGGAUGUGAGCCAUUCUGGAAUGAUAAGAAUGCAGAGAGCUGGACAAAAGAAACCUGGUCACGCCUAAGAUGCGGAAAUAUUGGCAGACAUAACAAAAAAGGCUACAAAGCCUGGGACUGCAGACUAUGUCAUAGUGAACCAGAAACCAUCGAGCAUCUACUUAUUUGUCGGGAAGCCCGUAUGCUCUGCACACCAAAAAUCGCAGACAAAAUUCAAGCUCUCACUGAUGGUAAAUAUGAUGCUGACCUUCAAUUCCUGGUUAAAGAAUUGCUGAGAGGACCGCCAAACAUUGAGAUCUGUAUUCUAUUCAAAGUCAUCGAAAACAAAAUCAACUCACCAGACGGUGAUGCCGAGAAGGACUACAGAUAUAUGGGAUGCAGAUAA